GACAAGUAUACUCUACUCCCUUGUACCAUGUCUCAAAUGAAGUGAAUUUGUUAUGAGUGUUUAAGUUGGGUUAUUUUUAAUGCUAAGGUUUACUAAAUGUUGGGCGUAUACUAACAUUUACCGUAAGUAUAGUCAACAAAUAAAUGUUAAUAUGAAGUACUUAAAUGUAGCCGAGAAAAACGAUGCAGCAAAAACAAUCGCCGGCCUUUUGUCGAAUGGAACCUCCACUAGACGGGAAGGGUAUUCUGUUUAUAACAAAAUAUAUGAUUUCGAAACGGAAGUAAGUGGGCGAAAAAGUAAAAUGGUAAUGACCUCGGUUUCUGGCCAUCUAUUGCAAUUAGAAUUUGUUGGAAUAUAUCGUCGAUGGAAGGAAGUAGAUCCCCAAAUGUUAUUUACAGCACCAGUACAAAAAACAUGCCAAGAAAAUUUCCAACCAAUUCUAAGGACAUUAGAAAGAGAAGUCCGGGGCUGUAAUGGACUCAUAAUUUGGACAGAUUGUGAUAGGGAAGGAGAAAAUAUAGGAUAUGAAAUAAUAGGCGUUUGUCGCAAGGUGAAACCAUGCAUCAAAGUAUAUAGAGCAGUUUUCUCAGAGAUUACCAAAGCUUCCGUUCGCCGUGCUCUUAACGAAUUAAAAGAACCUAAUAAGAGAUUAAGCGACGCUGUGGAUGUAAGAACGGAACUUGACCUUAGAACAGGGGCAGCAAUAACAAGAUUUCAGACUAUGAGAUUACAACGUUUAUUCCCAGAAAAAAUUGCUGAUAAGCUAAUCUCUUAUGGAAGUUGUCAGAUACCUACGUUAGGUUUUGUCGCGGAGAGAUAUAAGGAAAUAGAAGCCUUCGUUUCAGAACCAUUUUGGAAAUUAAGAGUUUUACAUACGAUCGGGGACCUCACAGUAGACUUCCUUUGGGCGCGAAAUAGAUUGUUUGAUAAAGUUGCUUGCGAAGAUUACCUCUUACUUUGUUUAGCUGAUCCGAAAGCGAAAGUUAUAGAUGUAAUAACUAAAAUUAAACAUAAAUGGCGACCGACUCCAUUAGAUACUGUAGAGAUGGAAAAACUGAGUUCGCGUAAACUUAAAAUUUCAGCUAAAGAAACAAUGACUAUAGCAGAAAAAUUGUAUUCCAAGGGUAUAAUCAGUUAUCCACGCACUGAAACUAAUCAAUUUUCGAAGGAUAUAGAUUUACGUUCUUUGAUAGAACAAUUUACUGCACACCCAGACUGGGGAACUUUUGCACAACGUGUAAACGAAUGGGGGCCUAAUCCACGAAAUGGUAACAAGAGUGAUCAGGCUCAUCCACCGAUUCAUCCUACAAAGCUGGUAACAGAUCUGCACGGUAAUGAUGCACGAAUAUAUGAGUUAAUAUGUCGACAUUUUCUGGCUUGUGUUAGUAAAGAUGCAGUUGGUUCGGAAACUGUCGUUAAUAUCAGUGUAGCCGGUGAAAUGUUUACUGCGACUGGUCUCUGCAUUCACGAACGAAACUAUUUAGACAUAUAUAUUUACGAAAAAUGGAAUGCAAAACAAAUACACAAAUAUGAACGAGGACAAUUAUUUGAACCCACUGAAAUAUCAAUGCAAGAAGGAGCCACUACUGCUCCUCCACUAUUAACGGAGGCUGAUUUAAUUGCUUUAAUGGAAAAACAUGGCAUUGGAACCGAUGCCACUCAUGCUGAACAUAUAAAUACAAUCAAAGAAAGAGGAUACAUUGGUGUGGUAGACAAAGGUUGUCUUGUUCCCGGCGUAAUAGGAAUGGGUUUAUAUGAAGGAUAUGAUGCCAUGAAUUUAACAUUAGCUAAACCCAUGUUAAGAGCAGAGUUUGAGUCAGACUUAAAAGAUGUUUGCACAGGAAAAAAGGAUCCUAAGGUGGUCUUAGAUGAACAAAUUCAAAAAUAUCUCGAAGCAUACACACAAAUAACAGAAAAAGUUACUUCUAUGGACAAUAAAAUUGCUUUGCGAAUAAAUGAAAAUCCUACAACAAAUGACAAUCGGAAGGAUAACAACGUGAAAAAUCAAUAUAUUACGAAUAAUUCCAUAACAGAAUUGUUUCAAUGUCCGAAAUGUUCCAUGGCUCCGUUGACUUUGCGGCAGAAGAAAAGUAAUAAGGGACAUUUCAUUGGCUGUAUGAACUUUCCUGAUUGUAAGAAUGCUAUUUGGUUGCCAGAAGAAUGUGUAGAACCAAAAAUUUUGCCAGAAAGUUGUCAGCAUUGUGGACCAAAUGUAAAACUGAUUAAAUUUAAAUUUAAUUCUUUAUACUAUAAAAAUAUAUUUAAUGCACCUACUGGUUGGUAUACUUCAUGUUUGCGUUGUGACCAACAUCUCCGUGAUUUGUUUAAUAUUAAUCUAGAACAAGUAAAGAGUACUGGUGGCAUUGUUGGAAUUAUUGAUGAUGCUAUAACACCUGCGGGUGUACUACCACUGGUCUCUCCUAGAAAUCUAAAUAUCAAUAGAGCAUCAGAAAGUUCAGUAAAUAUUCUGAAGAAGAGAAAUAUGAGUAAACCAAAAGUAGUAUCUGGAACUAAAAAAGACUCUAAAAAUAAAAACACGAACAUACAAAGUACACAUAAAAACAUUCGUACGUUUUUUACAUCCGCAUUAAAUAAUGAACACUCAAAAAGACUUGAACGACUUGAUAAUGCAGCUGUUAGUGAUGCGGUUUUGGAUGAGUUUUUUGGCAGUGAUGAUGAUUUCGAUGAAAUUAUAUCUAAAGUUGAUAUUCAAAACGAAAAUAGAGCUAAUAUGCAGGCUGCGCGCAUUGAUAGCUUGUUUACCGAAAAAGAAGAUUAUGUUUUCACAGAAAACUAUGCGACUGCAACACGUUAUGGAAAUAACAUUGAUUUAAAUUUUGACAACAAUAUCCCUGAUUUACAAGAUUUUCCAUGGGGAACGGGCGAAUAUAAACGAAGCACAAUGAACAAAUGCUCAGGAUGUAAUCAAAAAGCCAAAGAAUGUACUGUUAAAAAAGAAGGACCAAAUAAGGGCAAGUUGUUUUACGUAUGUGCCAAAGCAAACCCAUGCAAUUUUUUUCAAUGGGAUGACGACGUUGACGUUGCAAGACAUACUUGCCUUCAUAUAGAUUCACUACCGAAGUGUCCUUUGCAAAUCGAAAGCAUCAAAUGCAGUUGCGGAAUUGCAGUUAGCUCGUUAAUCGUGCGCAAAGAGGGUCCCAACAAGUCUCGCGAAUUUUAUACAUGCUCUAAGCGAGAUGCUUCGUGUGGAUUUUUCAAAUGGAAAGACGAAGCUUUAAGGCAAGGCGCUAUGGACGAAAGCAGUCAAGGUGUUCAGUGCUCAGGUUACAGAACUACGAAAGAUUUUGCUCAAAAACGCAAAUGCGGCUUGUGUCGUCAGGAGGGUCAUACGCGCUUAAAGUGUCCUCGAAAAUCUGAACUUCAAAAUUAAGUAUUUUAUAAUCGUAAAUAUGUAUAUUUCUUUGAUUGUUAUUUUUUUUUAUUCUGCUUAUAAAAUUCAUAGGUUAAGGA